AUGAAGACACUACUCUAUAUCUUGUUUUUGGCAGGAGCUGCUGUCUCCCAGAAUAUAAUAGACCUUGGUAACAAAAACUGGACCUUGGCAGGCCUAAACAUCACAGUCCCUGGUUCUGUACCAUCCCAGGCACACCUGGAUCUCUUUGCAGCGGGUGCGAUUGGGGAUCCACUAUAUGGAGAAAAUGACACCGAGCUGCUCUGGGUUCAGAGAUCUAACUGGACUUACUCGGCUGUGAUUUUUAAUAUGAGCCAAACCGAGGAUUUUUCAACAUGGCUUAUAUUUGAUGGUCUUGACACCUUUGCCUCUAUCGAACUUUGUAAUCAAUUUGUUGGAAAUACAGACAACCAGUUCCGCCAAUGGUACUUCGAUGUAACCGACAUAGUUCGCUCAUGCAAAGAGGAGCCCAAAUUGAGUCUCAAUUUCGGGUCCGCGACCAAGAUCGUAAAAGAGAUAGCAGAAAAUGGUGACCACGGCGCCCCAACCGAAGAAUUCUGCUGCAAAGAAUACAUGCGUAAGGAGCAAUCUGACUUUGGCUGGGAUUGGGCCCCAAAGAUAUCACCUGCAGGAAUCUGGCAGCCGUCGCGGGUCGUGCAGCUGAAUGAUGCUUCACCUGUAUAUGUGCGAAAUGCUUUGAUUGAUAUAUUUCGGAAAGGUCAGAUGAACAAUAUCCCGCCCGAUCAGUCCCAGCCCUGGGUCUUCAAUGUGAGCCUUGAUUAUCUAGGCAUCUUGCCUCGGGAUUCCUCGCUGCGUGUCUUCUUGAAGGAUGCGAGCGGAAAAUUAAUAUUGGAUCAGCCUUUGGGCGAUAUUCAUCAAUCUACGAGAACGAUAGAGGGGAGUAUCGCUAUUGACCCAAGGUUGGUUGACCUUUGGUGGCCGACAGGGCUAGGAUCACAACCGCUCUACGAUGCCACUAUCAAGAUUAUUCAUGGCGAGAAAGCCAUUUCAGAAGUUCAUCGCAGAGUUGGAUUUCGAACUGUCGUUCUAAAUCUGCUACCGGUGACGGAAGAGCAGCAGGCUCGGGGUAUUGCGCCUGGCUCAAACUUUCACUUCGAAGUUAAUGGCCAUGAAUUUUAUGCCAAGGGCUCAAAUCUUGUUCCGCCUGACGUCUUUUGGCCAAGAGUGAACGAAACUAAGAUAAGAAACCUGUUUGAAGCCGUUGUUGUCGGGAAUCAAAACAUGCUGCGAGUAUGGUCAUCCGGUGCCUAUCUUCCUAGCUGGAUCUACGACAUUGCAGAUGAGAUGGGCAUCUUCCUGUGGUCUGAGUUUGAAUUCUCCGAUGCUGAAUAUCCCGCCAAUGCCAGCUAUCUGGCUCAAUAUCAGGAAGAGGCAACUUAUCAAGUCCGUCGCGUCAAUCACCAUCCAAGCCUUGCCCUCUGGGUCGGUGGCAACGAACUAGAGCAGAUCAUGUUAAGCUAUUUCUUUGAUCCUGAUAAUCCCGGGACUCUUCUGCGCGAAUACGAGCAUAUCUUUCUAGAAUUGCUCAUUGGGGCCGUUUACUCAAAUACAAAAUCGAUCAGCUACAUUCCGUCAUCCUCCACGAUGCCCCAGAUUCCACGAUAUCACAAUACUUCCGGGCCAGACUAUAUUUACGCCGAUACAGACACAUAUAACUAUGAUGCGAGCCAAGCCUUCAACCUGAGUUCCUAUCCAGUUGGUCGAUUUGCAACCGAAUUCGGAUUCAUCUCCAUGCCCUCGCUUCAUUCCUGGAAACAAGCAAUACCAGAUGACCAGCUCUCUAUGUUUUCAGAUAUGGUGAUUCAUCACAACCGACAUUAUCCCUUUGGAGGACCAGUGAAUGCUACUGAUCGAGAACUUUCGGUUAUAGGGCUCCAAGAGAUGACUGCUGCGGUACAAGAUUGGUAUCCAAUCCCAAAUAUGCAGGACAGCGUAGCAAACUUUAGUGCAUGGUGCUGGACAACUCAGGUCUUCCAAGCCGACUACUAUACCUCCGAAUUGGCCUUCUUUAGACGCGGUGCCGGGAUGCCACAGCACAAUCUCGGGUCGCUUUAUUGGCAACUUGAAGAUCUUUGGGCUGCACCCACAUGGUCCAGCAUCGAACCCGACGGUCGCUGGAAGGUGCUCUUUUAUCGUGCGAAAGACAUCUUCCAGCCCGUCAUCGGGCAUUCUUUCUACAACUCGACCACGGGUGAUCUGGAAGUCUGGGUCAUGUCCGACCUUUGGUCUCCAUUCAGUGGGACGGCGAAGCUGAGCUGGAUGGAUUGGAAUGGAAAACCUCUCUCUGGUUCGAGAAAGCCUGUAUCGAAGACGAUUCCGUUCACCGUUGGCGCCAUCAACUCGACUCUUGUAUUCAAGACAAAUCUUCGACAUGACUAUCUUGAUCUUGAUUUGUCAAAUACCCUCCUUCGAGUGAAUAUCUCCGAUGACGGUGUCACGUCCAACGAGUCCCCAAAGAAGACAAAUGCGCAUACAUCUUUCUUUCAUCCAGAGUCAUUGGCAAAGGCAAAGAUCGAAGACCCGGAGCUUCAGGUCUCCCGUUCUGCAGAAGGCCAUAAUUUCCGUGUUGAAGCUAACGGCGGAGUGGCUGCGUGGGUGUGGUUGGAUCAUCCACUUGGGGUGCAGGGCUAUUUCUCAGACAAUGGAUUCUGGCUGACCCCGGGUGAAAGCAAGAACGUCCAAUUUACAGUCAAGAUGGACUGGACAAAUGGAGAAUGGGCGGGUGGUGUUUUAGUUAGGAGUAUUUGGAAUAAUACUUUGACCAACUGA